AUGGCAUCAACAGUUCCACUUAUUGUCAGAUUAUUAGCUUCGUCCGUGUCAGUUGCGAACAGAGCUGGGAAAAUAAUCAGAGAUGUUAUGAGUAAAGGAGAACUUGGUAUUGUUGAAAAGGGAAAAGACGACCUUCAAACAGAGGCAGAUAGAUCUGCGCAGCGAUGUAUUAUUGCAUCACUGUCUGCACAGUUUCCUAAAUUGAAUAUUAUUGGUGAAGAAGAUAAUCCUGAUACUGAAGAUGAGAUUCCCAGUGAUUGGAUUGUUAUAGACACAGAUAAGGAUAUAUUGACUAUACAGUGCCCUUCCAAUCUUCAAGGUGUAAAGGAGGAGGAUAUUGUGGUGUGGGUGGACCCCCUAGAUGGAACCUCUGAAUAUACCCAAGGUUUUCUGGAACAUGUGACUGUUCUAAUUGGUAUUGCUGUAAAUGAGAAGCCAGUAGCUGGAGUCAUACACCAACCUUAUUAUAAAACUCUUAUUGGCGGACAAAAAAACAUUGGCCGAACCAUUUGGGGCUUACAAGAAGUGGGUGUUGGUGGAUUCACGCCAGCACCUCCACCUGAUUCUUUGGUUAUAACCACUACAAGGAGUCAUUCUAAUCCAAUGGUAGAGAAAGCAUUGCAAGUUAUGAAUGCAAAUCAAAUAUUAAGGGUUGGUGGUGCUGGUUACAAGGUUUUACAAUUACUUGAAGGAGUUGCAUCAAUAUAUGUAUUUGCAAGUGGCGGUUGUAAAAAGUGGGACACUUGUGCACCUGAGGCCGUACUUUCGGCUGCAGGAGGAAAAUUAACCGACAUUUUCGGUAACUACUACAAGUACGGGCCUUCAGAAUCACGCCCGAACAAAACCGGAGUGCUUGCUGCAGUUAAUAAUGACCUUCAUAGUUACGCACUGAGCAGAAUACCCGAAGAACUGAAAAAUACUCUGUCAAAAAAGUAA